GAGGUAGCAACUGAUGCUACUCCUAAGGUUAGGAAAAGCUUCUCUAACCAGUGUGUUGGAUCUGGAUUUUCAAAGAAUGGCACUCCAGGUAGAAGGGACAGCACAUGCCAAAGGUUUGAGAUGGGAAGUGCUUCUUCAGGGGUCAGAGGCAGCUCGCACUUGGCAGUUUGGGGGCAUGUGCCUACUUGGGGCUGUAGGGGCUGGGUCCUGAGACAAUCCAUGCUUUUCAUGGCAGCCAGAGCUUCAGGAACCCCCAUUUCGAAGGUAAAGAAAAUGAGGCUCUGCUAUUAACUAGGAACGAGGAUCUAGAGCCUCUGUGCUACUCUGCCUCCUAGCCAAGGGGAAUGUUGAGGGCGAGACGCGGGGGCCAGAAAUGAGACAGCAAAACGGAAGGAGAUAGUCGUGCUCCCUCCUAGGCCGCUGUGAGACCGGAACCCUCCACCCGGGAUCCCGGGAGCGGCGGACGAUCAAGGCCGAGACCCGCGCAAGCAGGGCAUGCCGGGAAGUGUGGCCUAUCUCCAGGCGGUGUGGGUCGGGCCUCCGGCGGGGCAGUGCAGUCCAGAAAGGGCUGGGGACUAGACGCCGCCCUCACUGGAAGGGGGAACUGGGCGCGCGUACUUGGCGGCGCAGCAAGCACACAGUGGUGGCCUAUAAAGAUGCCAUUUAUGUAUUUGGUGGAGACAAUGGGAAGACCAUGCUCAACGAUCUCCUGCGGUUUGAUGUGAAGGAUUGCUCCUGGUGUAGGGCCUUCACCACAGGCACCCCACCAGCCCCCCGCUACCACCACUCAGCCGUUGUCUACGGGAGCAGCAUGUUUGUAUUUGGGGGCUACACUGGGGACAUUUAUUCCAAUUCUAACUUGAAGAAUAAAAACGACCUCUUUGAAUAUAAGUUUGCAACUGGCCAGUGGACAGAGUGGAAAAUUGAAGGACGGUUGCCGGUCGCUAGGUCUGCCCAUGGCGCCACGGUAUACAGUGACAAGCUGUGGAUCUUUGCUGGCUAUGAUGGCAAUGCCAGGUUGAAUGAUAUGUGGACCAUUGGCCUCCAGGACCGGGAGCUCACAUGCUGGGAGGAGGUAGCGCAGAGCGGUGAGAUCCCGCCAUCCUGCUGCAACUUCCCAGUGGCCGUGUGCCGGGACAAGAUGUUUGUGUUCUCAGGGCAGAGCGGAGCCAAGAUAACCAACAACCUCUUCCAGUUUGAAUUCAAGGACAAGACGUGGACACGCAUCCCCACCGAGCACCUACUCCGUGGCUCCCCACCACCCCCGCAGCGGCGCUAUGGGCACACCAUGGUGGCCUUUGACCGCCACCUCUACGUGUUUGGGGGUGCGGCAGACAACACACUGCCCAAUGAGCUGCACUGCUAUGAUGUGGACUUCCAGACCUGGGAGGUUGUCCAGCCCAGCUCAGACAGUGAGGUCGGUGGGGCUGAGGUGCCAGAGCGAGCAUCUGCUUCUGAGGAGGCGCCUGCCCUGGCCUCUGAGGAGCGGGGUGGCUUCAAGAAGUCCCGAGAUGUGUUUGGCCUGGACUUUGGCACCACCACAGCCAAGCCGCCUGCCCCGCCGGCCUCAGAGCUGCCAAGCGGAAGGCUCUUCCACGCAGCUGCUGUGAUCUCGGACGCCAUGUACAUCUUCGGGGGCACCGUGGACAAUAACAUCCGCAGUGGGGAGAUGUACAGGUUCCAGUUCUCUUGUUACCCCAAGUGCACACUGCAUGAGGACUACGGGAGGCUGUGGGAGAGCCGCCAGUUCUGCGAUGUGGAGUUUGUGUUGGGCGAGAAGGAGGAGUGUGUGCAGGGCCAUGUGGCCAUUGUCACCGCUCGGAGCCGCUGGCUCCGCAGGAAGAUCAUGCAGGCACGGGAACGGCUAGCCCAGAAGCUGGAGGAGGAGGCAGCCCCCGCUUCCAGGGAGGACCCUGGUGCAGCUGUGGGGGGGGCCCGGCCGCCCCUGCUGCACGUGGCCAUCCGCGAGGCCGAGGCCCGGCCCUUUGAAGUGCUCAUGCAGUUCCUGUACACGGACAAGAUCAAGUACCCGCGGAAAGGCCACGUGGAGGAUGUGCUGCUCAUCAUGGAUGUCUACAAGUUGGCACUGAGCUUCCAGUUGUGCCGCCUGGAGCAGCUGUGCCGACAGUACAUCGAGGCCUCUGUGGAUUUGCAGAACGUGCUGGUUGUGUGUGAGAGUGCCACCAGGCUGCAGCUGGGCCAGCUGAAGGAGCAUUGCCUGAACUUCGUGGUGAAGGAGUCCCACUUCAAUCAGGUGAUCAUGAUGAAGGAGUUUGAACGCCUCUCUUCCCCACUGAUCGUGGAGAUUGUGCGGCGGAAGCAGCAGCCACCUCCCCGUGCUCCCUCAGAGCAGCCCGUGGACAUUGGCACAUCUCUGAUCCAGGACAUGAAGGCAUACCUGGAGGGGGCAGGUGCAGAGUUCUGUGACAUCACUCUGCUGCUGGAUGGGCACCCAAGACCGGCCCACAAGGCCAUCCUGGCCGCUCGCUCCAGCUACUUUGAGGCCAUGUUCCGGUCCUUCAUGCCCGAGGACGGGCAGGUGAACAUCUCCAUCGGGGAGAUGGUGCCCAGCAGGCAGGCCUUUGAGUCCAUGCUGCGCUACAUCUACUACGGCGAGGUCAACAUGCCGCCCGAGGACUCUCUCUACCUGUUUGCGGCUCCCUACUAUUACGGUUUCUACAACAACCGGCUGCAGGCGUACUGCAAGCAGAACCUGGAGAUGAACGUGACAGUACAGAAUGUACUGCAGAUCCUGGAGGCAGCUGACAAGACGCAAGCACUGGACAUGAAGCGGCACUGCCUGCACAUCAUCGUGCACCAGUUCACCAAGGUGUCCAAGCUGCCCACACUGCGCUUGCUGAGCCAACAGCUGCUUCUUGACAUCAUAGACUCCCUGGCCUCCCACAUCUCUGACAAGCAGUGCGCAGAGCUUGGAGCUGACAUAUGAGGCCCCAUGUGGUGCUGGCCCACUCGAGGAGAAUAACCAUGCCUGUUCCUGCCCUGCCCACUGCAGACUAUGCUGGCCACGCUCAGGCCUCAGGUGGAGUGGUUGGACCUGCCAGCCGAGGGGCAGGGCGCCCAGAGUCUCUGGAGGGAAAGAGGACAUGGGGGGCUCUGGAUGCCCCAUUUCACUGCUAAGGACAAGUCCCACAGGGAGUGAUGGUAAAACAGACCCCCUGGGUGGCACCCUCUCAGUUGGAGGUGUGGGUGGGAAGCCAGGGCCCAGCAGUGGGGAGAGCCCAUUGUGGAACUGGUUUGAGGCUGCCCAUCCAGCAGGGACUGUGUAUGACUUGUGGGUCUGGCCACUGGAUCCUAUUGCCCCGAGACCCCUCUGAUGUGGGCUACAUAGUACCCCCUCACCUUCACUGGGGUUGCUCUAAGGACCCCUACUGUCAUCCAGAGCUUGUGGGUGGACAAUAGUAACAGGCAGAUGAAAUCUGACUCAGGAUGAAUUUUGUGAAGGGCCCUGAUGCCGAACUGGGCCUUGGCUUCCAGAGGGGCUGCAGGAUCCCACUCCACUGUGUGCACAUGAGGAGUCCCCAGUUGUGCCAGGGAGACGUCGGUGAAAGUGCCCCCCCCCCAGGUCCCCAUCUGUCCCUAAGUAUUUAUUCUUUGUCAUAGACAUGCCAUUAAGACCAUAGUAGUGCUACCUAUUACACCUCAUGGGUACAGGCCCCACGGUGGACUCCGGCCCUCAGCUGUCCCUGAGCUGGGGAUGGAUCAUGUGGCCCAAGUGCUUGAGACCGGCCAAUCCCAUCCGGUCUUCUAUCCGUGUCAGCAACUCCCAGCCACAUCUAGGGAUACCCAGGGAUAUGGGGUGGGGAGGGAAGAGGGGUUGCAGCAGAAAUCCUGAAGUCCCAAAGCCGCCUUGCUCCUGCCUAGGCUGGGAAGCUAAAGGAUUGGGCACCAUGUCCUUUCCUGCCCCCCAACAGAAGGCCCUGUGUGAGUCCACCCUAAUACGACAGGCACUUCUGCCUCCUCUCUGGGAACAAGAACCCCAGGGACCCUUCUGCCCUGGCUGCCAGGAAGCCACGUUGGGGGGAAACAGUCCCCCUUGUCUCCUCCCUCCAGUUGCAUCCCCAUGCAAUGGCACUUGCCACUCCUUGGCCCUUGCUGAAGAGCCCCAGAUGGUGCCACGUAGUUGUACAGGGAGCCCUGGUCCCAGGUGGGCAUCCUUAGGCAAGAGGAGUCCAUCCAUAAGGCUGCCGGCAAGCUAGGAAAUGGCCUGGCACAAGAUGAGCCUUGGUGAACAACUGCAAACCCUGCUCUACAGUGGACCCUUGUAACUGGUCGUUUGACUUUUUCUUCCAGACAUGAUAUGAAUAAAUGAAGUUACACACCAAGGACCCUAGAAAGCCAAUUUCACAGCAUUGUGUGGCACUUUCCAGGACUAGAGAGAAUUCAGCUAUGCUCUUGGGGCUACUGUAGCCACGGCCAGCAGGGAGGUCAUGUGUGCAGUUAAUCACCCUGCACACUGAACUGUUUGCCACAAUCAGACUCAGGGAAGCCUACUUUCCAGUCAGCUUGAAGAAAAAUGGGGGACUCCAGUUGAGGCCAGGAUUGCUGUCUUCAUGCCUGCCUCCAAGUUUCCCCCACCUCUUCUCAGACCUCCGGGGACUAGAAGUGUCACUUGCUGGGCCCUUACUACUUGCCAUAGUAGCACUAGGUCAGAAAUUGCCAUCUUUGUCCGUUUUUCAGAUGAGCCAGGCCCAGUGUAAGUGGGUGGCUGGUCUGCAGGCUGGGGUUCAGAUGUUGUACCCUA